AUGGCCGACAACAAAAAUGGCAACUUUGCUGUCAUGCAUAUUGAUCUAGGCCGAUCCGAAAAAUCCAUGCGCAACGACGCCGCCAAGCGCACCAGUGAAGGCACAGAGGCUGCCGCUCGACUUGCCAACCAGGCCGGAUACCAGUCUGUUAAGCGCUCUAAACUUGCCUGGCAACCUCCCGAUGGCGACCCAUCCAAUCCCUCCCUCCCUGCCGGGUUGGCUCCCAAGGAUGCCAAGGCCGAGCAGGCUCGCCUGCUCACCCUCCUACGCUCUGUGAAUCCUGUCGCCGUCACCGAUCAGCUUUGCAAAGCAGUUGCCUACUUCGGCGGCAUUCCUGGUGCUCCUGCUCCCGAGACGAGGGCUCACUUUCCACAAAGCAACCAGUCCAACGGGUCUGGCUCGCAAUUUGUUUCUUGGCUGGCCGAAAUAUUUCCACCCUCGACCGACCACUCAGCGUCGCUACCGCCCGCCUCGGCUACUCCGAAUUCCACUGCCGUACAGAAUCCGACACCGCCCGUGUCCACUCAACCGCCGCCGCCGACUUUUAACGCCGCACAGCCAGCUGGCAAUGCUGCGCAACCCGCAGAAGCGACCGUUGAAGCCGCCGCCGACCCAAACGCGCCGUCUGUUCCCGUCAAGAGAGGUCGCGGACGGCCAAAGGGCAGCAAGGGCAAGCCGAAAAUCAAGGAGCAGCCACCAGGCGAUGCUGACCCCAAUAUGCAAGGCUCCCAAGGGCCUAACCCUCCCGGCACUUGGCCCGGUCAGCAGAUCUAUUCAUCACAGCAAGGUACCCCAGGCCAAUCCGAUUCUGGGACGCCUGGCAAGAAACGCGGCCGCCCCAAGGGUUCUAAGAAUAAACCAAAAAACCCGACCGCCUCCGGCUCGGAAACAGCUGCGGGUCAAGAUACCGAAGAGGCUCAGGACUCGUUCAUGUCUCCCAUGAACCAGGUGCCCAAUUCUCUAUCUUUAGGUCAGGACGGCGGCGCUCGACCUUCCUCAGGUCCCACUGGUCUCUCCAACAUGAUUGAACAUGGUAGUUCGCAACCACAAAGUGGCUGGACCACAAUAGGGAUGCCAGCCAGCCAGGACGGAAGCACCGCCCCUUCUCGCAAGCGCAAAAACGACAAGCAGCAGCCUGACAUGUCCGUCAACAACGCAAGCAUGCCCACGGCGGUUCAAGAAGACGAUGCACCAGUCAUGGACGCCAAUGGUAAACGGAGACGCUUCUCCAAGGAUGCCGCCGCCUUUCCACAAAUGGGUGGCCAAGCUAGGAUGUCCUCGUCUGAGUCGCCUAUUCAAAGUUCAAAUUUCCAAAGCGCAUCUCAACAGAUGGUAUCAUCUGGAAGCUUCGACCCUGCCCAGCAGCAGCCGAAUCGAAAACCCGCCGCCCGAGGUCAGCCUCCCAGCCGUCCUGGACAAGCUCAGCCGCAGCAGCAACAGCCGCAGCAGCAGCCGCCGCCGCCGCAGUACAGUCAGCAGCCAGGGCAUCAAUCUCAGCCUCAACAGCAGCCCUUCCCCCCCUCCAGUCAGCCACAGCAACACUUUGGACAGCAGCCAGGACAGCACAAGUCACCGCUUAUCGGCGGCAACCCGCCACAGCAGCCGUCUAACGUGAUGGAUUUGUCGCGCAGUGCCAUGUACAACCAGCAGCAGCACCAUCAGCAGCAGCAACAGCUCCAGCACUUUAUGAAUCAGCAGCGGCUCUCUGUGGAUAUGAACCCCGCAGCGAAUGCUCCUGGCCAAUUUGGUCAAGCCAGCAACGGCGGUAAGAGCCCAAUGUUUCAAGGACACAUGGUGCGCGCUCCGUCCGGUGAUACCGGCAUGCAACACCAACGGCCCUCACCCGCAAGCCAGAGUGCGCAACUUACCCACGAUGGUUCCCGCAUGGGGCAAGCUGCUUUCGCAGGGCGCGCUCCGCCGGUAACUACCGCGGGGGCAUCGCCGUCGAUGAACAGCCACUUUGCUUCCGGCUAUGCGGCGCGGAACUACAUGAACAUGAACUAUGGCGGCAUGGGCGGUGCGCGAAUACCAGAUGCGACUGACCACCCUUUCGGUGGCUCUGCAGGUCAAAUGGAUACCAUGAACAAUGCUGAUCAAGCGAGCAUGCGGCAUCGAAUGUACCAAUCGAUGCAGCAGCAACAACGACAAUGA